CCCUUCUGCGGCACAUUGAGACCCCUUAUAACUUGCUCUUAAGAUCCUCCGGUGGUGACCGGUCUAGCUUACACCCUCACGCUGUGGUAAAAGAUGGAUGACUACUACUCCAGCCCGCCCGCUGGUUUCACUCUUCGGAGAAACGGCACCUGCGCCGCGAAUGAGAAAGAUUGCGGCAGCCCCUGGGGUGAUUGGCAUGAUUGUUGUCCCGAGGGCACGUAUUGCCAAUCUGAAAGGAGUGAUAAUGAUAGAAAUGUCUGUUGUCGUACCAAGUCAGGGUGCAAAGCAUUAAUCGAACAAGACCCGCACUGCGCCAACAAUGAGACCUGGGACCUGUAUAACAAUAAUGGUGAUUACUUUUGCUGUCUGCAGGGGAAGCGGGGCUUUGUGCAAACCUUUAGCGAAGGUGGAGCAGGUAUUGCCUGUGCUGAUCCGGGGAGCGGGGAACUCGAUAAUCCUUCGCAGAGUCUACUGAAUCUCAUUGCAAGUGGCACUCCAUCCGCAUCCGCAUCCGCAUCAGCAUCAGUGACACCAUCCUCGUCUGCUAUACCAACCGAAACAAACACAGAUCCCCCGGCCGCCACAGAAUCAAAGUCUGGCACAUCAUCUAGCAAUGCCGGCGCUAUUGCUGGUGGUGUUGUUGGUGGUUGUGCUGGCGUUGCACUUAUAAUUGCAUUGGUUUGGCUUCUGCUGCGUCGACGACGACGGAAAGAGGUCACUCCUAUCAUAAACCCCAGUGCUGGCAUAUCGGCUGCAGAGCACAAAGGUGUAUCUGUAGCGGAGCUUGAUAUUAAUCCGGCUCGCUCAGAGCUAUCUGCCGAUCCUAAUACAAUGGCCCACGAGCUGCCUGUUAAUAUGCGUUAAUCGGAACAGGCGCGGUGAUUGUAUAUGUAUUUAUCACAUACAACCUCAUCAACUUGGGAGCAGGAGGAUGAUCAAAGGCAUUUCGGCUGUGAUCCUCUGUGAUAUUAGGUUCUCUUUUCUUGAUACCCCCUGGUGUAGAAUAUUACUUUCUAGCCUCAUGC